CGGGAAAGGGGCCAGCCGACCUCGAGGGCCGCGCUGGCCGGGCGCGUGUGCGAGGCCUCGGGCCGUGGAGAGCGCCCCCGAGGCCCGAGGCGGUGCCGCCCCGGGGCCGCGAACGCGGCGUUUUACACGGUCUUGCGCAGUCGUUACAGCUGGGUUCGGCUUUUUACGGACCAUCAGCGACCCCAGUACCAAAGUCAGGGACUGAGAUCUGGGGCUCCUCUGGGCCACCGCCGCCUGAGGAUCCACGGGCAGGGUGUAGACUCUCCCAGGAUAGAACAGAAAACGUUUUCUCAAAUUCAGCCACACGCGUCCCCAAAUACUUGUCAAGCAAUUGGUAAAGGUCUGUUAGUGUUGGUAAGAGGGAAGGAAGAGGCUGCUUCCACGGCAGGCAGCUCCCCCGACCCUGUCCCCAGAUGGCUUGGCCUGGGGUGGGUGUGCGGGGCCGGGGGGCGUAGGCCAGGAUGCCCACCGUUCUCCCCUGUACUUCCCAGGGAGAGAGGCAAGGAGCGUUACCUGUGGGGCGUUACCGUGCUUUCUGAACGAGCUUUCUGCUUAAGGAUGCUGUUUUCCUGUGCAGCUAGCACGGUUCUACUUGCUGUAGUGUCUGUAAAUGUUUUGCUCAUGGAAUUGCUGGACAUAUGUAAUCUAGCGCUAAGGUCUCAUUCAACCGUUGGGGUGUGUUUUAUAACCCUGCUUCUUAGGCAUUGGCCAGGGAGGCUUGGCACGCAAGCAACUUAAAACUUGCAAACAUACCUCAGUUUUAUCAUCCUGAGUCCUGUAUCUUGUACCACGAGUGUGGGUUGCCUUUCUUCCAGUACAGCCUCUCCUUAGGCGUGGCACUGGAUAUUGCCUCAUUUCAGCUAUUCAUGGGGCACUUUUUUCUCGUUUUUUUCUACAAUGUAAUCUCCAACCAGCUCUCAGCUCCAAGGCAAGAACAUAUAUACUUGUAACAGUCAACAACCCAAAUACCCUAGGAAAUUCUACCACCAUUUGAAUGAUUAAUAAAGAAAUAAGUAAAACAUGUGUUUUCUAACUCUUGCAAACACCUCUAAAUCUUUCAACUAAAUAUGUGUAGGUGAAUGUGUGGACCAAACAAAGUAAAGACAUCAACAUGUUAUACUUAAAAAUGAGUCAAGGUUAACGGUGACGUCCUCUUUUAAGCAAUGAUAUUGUAUUCCAAGUACAAGUACGUAUUCUGUACUAAGCUACAUGGGAGAACUGGGCAACCUAACAGUUCUAUGCGCUCUGGAAUUUCAAUACCAAUUGUGACUUUUCUCUCACCCUCCAAAUCAACGUGCAGUAAAUAAUUAUUCUAAGCACCUGAAAGUGGGACAGGUGGUGAUGGAUGUAAGGGACAG